CAAAUCACCAACUCUCCUUUACAUUCAUGCCAUUGCUUUGCUGCGCUUUGUAUCUCUACUUUUGCGUCCCUAGAUCGAGUCAAUCGCUUUCAGGAUAAUUUUGUUGAAUGUGAGGAGUUCAAGGACACUUGAGUUGCCACCCCAGGAUCCCCGGACUCGAGGCCGAGUCUCUUCAUUGGACCGAAGGAAGGGCUGUUGCUUGAUAUCUAGGAUUAUUCAUCGCCACCUUCCAAGAAUCUCUAGUCAAGAAAGCUCUUCUGGCUCGAAUCUGGAGCUGCUCAUUGGGCCAAGUCAAAAUUCCGGUCUGCAAAGAUACUUCUCUGAUUUCUCGACUGCGCUCCAACCUCUUUCUCGCCAAUUGUCCCUUUCAACUCAUCUAAUUCUCUACUUCCUGUAAUGGCGUCGUCUUCGAGCGUGGGAGAUCGCUCUCCCGAUCCUGAGUCCAGACUUCCCACUAGUGCACCCUCGUCACCUCCCGAGCAACCGAUUGAUGAGGAAAUGAAAUUCGCUACCACGGAGGAGAAGGCUAUGUUCGAAGAAGAGAAAAGGGCUCAAGCUGAGAAUGAUCGAGCGGAAGAGAGACGCCGAAAACUUGCUCUGAAGAAGAGAAAGCAAAUACAAGAGUCCAAAACCGAGCGCGAGGCCAAAGCAAAACAACUUGACGAUCUACUUAUGAACUGUGCGAAGUUUUCGGAUAUUUUGACAAAGAAGACUGAGGUCCUUGGGCGUGUAGGCAGUGGUUUCGAUGGCAAAGCUUUGGGAGAACAUGAUCUGGUGAUGGCAAAGCAACCAAAGUGUAUGAUUGGUGGUACUAUGCGAGACUAUCAAUUGGAAGGUCUUACGUGGAUGUACGAGAUUUGUUCUCAAGGCAUGUCUGGUAUUCUGGCGGACGAGAUGGGUCUCGGAAAGACGAUCCAGACGAUCUCGCUGAUUGCCAAGUUGCGAGAGGAAUUUGAUUACAUGGGACCUCAUUUGAUCGUGGCGCCUCUGAGUACGCUGUCGAACUGGAUGGAGGAGUGCAACAAAUGGAUUCCCAGUAUCCCAGUCGCAUUCUACCAUGGCACUCCACCUCACCGAAGGGACGUCUUUCAAAAACAGCUGAUGAAGAACUUCGUCGGUGGCCGGGUGAACAAAAAGUUUCCUGUGGUAUUGACGACGCCUGAAAUUGUUAUUAGGGAUGCUAAUGAUUUAUCGAAAAUAAAAUGGGAGCUCAUAAUCAUUGAUGAAGGGCAUCGUUUAAAGAACUCUGACUCGAAGCUGUUUCGCAUCCUUCGAACAUUCACAUCAGUCACUCGUUUCCUCAUUACUGGCACUCCGUUACAAAAUAAUUUGAAGGAGCUUUGGUCUCUCCUGAACUUCCUGCUCCCCACCAUCUUCGCAAAUUGGGAACAAUUUGAGAGUUGGUUCGACUUCAGCGACCUUCAAGACGAAGAAGGCACAGAAGAAUUUUUACAAGACCAAAUUAAGCAGGAUCUGGUGAAGAAGAUGCACUUGAUCUUGCAACCCCUGCUACUUCGACGAAUCAAGGCAGAUGUCGAGCAUUUACUGCCAAAGAAACGAGAAUACGUUCUUUAUGCACCGAUGACUCAGGAACAGACAGAUCUUUACAAUGUCAUAAACAAUAAGAAUAUUGAUACACGGCAGUAUCUCGAAGAUAAGGUCGUCGAACGCCUGACGGGAGCAACAAACACACCAGCGAUGUCUCGAAAAGCCAGCCCUACCACUGUUGCAUCGCAGACAGAGAAAUCGGAUAGCGAGGAGGAUAUCCCGCUUAGGAAACUGGCCAUCAAGAAACCAGGACGGGGACGGCCAAAAAAAGCCACACCAAAAGCUGCUACCCCAAAAAAUGCAUUCGAGCAGAUGAUGCAGAAGAAGACGCCUGCCACUGCCAAGGGCAAAACAGCCAAUCUGAAGCGGAAAUCGCAAGAAGCUCUCUCGUCGCCACUCACAAAAUCAUCCAAGUCAAGCAGACAAUCCACCCCAGCGAGUAGCGUACGAGGCAGAAAGACCAGGAAAUGGAAAUCUUACACGGAGGCAGACGCCACGGACGAGGACGAGUUGAGUGAUGAUGAGUUUGAACAGAAGCUAGCGGAAGAAAUGGCAGGUCAGGAUGAGGAUCAAGGCAGUGAAGGAAGCCAAGAGGAGAUUGAGCGAGCCAAGACCCUGGAGCUUGCAAGACGAGAAAUCGGAACCAAGAAGCUGGGCAACCCACUCAUGCAACUCCGACUAGUCUGCAACUCUCCUCAUAAUUUCUACAGCCCUUGGUCAGCAAACUCCGGUCUAGAAGUUGACGAAACCCUCGUUACCUCAUCCGGAAAGAUGCUCCUCCUCGACCGCCUGCUCCCUGCCCUCUUCGAGCGCGGCCACAAAGUCCUCAUAUUCUCACAAUUCAAAACCCAACUUGACAUCCUCGAAGACUACUCCCGGGAACUGCGAAAAUGGAAUGUCUGCCGAAUCGAUGGCUCGGUAGCACAAGACGACCGCCGUCAACAGAUCAAGGAGUUCAAUGAGAAUCCUGCCUUCAAGCUCUUUUUGCUUUCAACGAGAGCUGGGGGUCAGGGUAUCAACUUGGCAAGUGCUGAUACUGUCAUCUUGUUCGAUAGCGACUGGAACCCGCAGCAAGAUCUCCAAGCUCAAGACCGAGCGCACAGAAUCGGCCAAAAGAAUCCGGUCGUGAUAUACCGACUUGCCACGAAAGGAACAGUAGAAGAAGACCUCCUUCUCUCCGCUGAUGCAAAACGUCGUCUAGAAAAGUUGGUUAUCAAGAAAGGAGGCUUCAAGACUAUGCACCAGAAGAUGGAGAACGAAGAAGCGAUGUCAAAAGAGGCGUUGAAGGCGCUACUGUUGAAGGAUGGAGAAGUGUAUAAGUAUAAAGGCGGAGAUGAGAUUCUGAGUGAUGCGGAUAUAGAUGUUUUGACUGAUAGGAGUGAGGAGGCUUAUGUGAGGGCUGAAAAGGGACUGGGCGACGCGGAGGGUUUUAGGAUUGUGGAGACGAAGGCUGCAGGGUUGAUGACGGGGAUGGGGGGGAAGAAGGAGAGGUGAUGCUUUGAGGUGUGCUUGGUGGGAGAGUUCCUGUGUAUUAGAGUCAAUUUGCACGAGUAUUUAAUGUUUCAGUUCGUUUCAACUAUUCGGAAAACGAAUGCUUUAUACUACACUCUUCAGCAAUGAAGUGUUUAAUUGCGAUUGUGCCGAGUCUAAUAUAGAACUUCUUC